AUGCCAGCACCGCCUCCUAUGCCACCACCAAGGACCAUGGAGCAGGAGGAGCCUAGGGGUUUUCUUCGCUCUUGGUUGACAAGGCCUCGGAGCGAAUCUCCCCCGCCACGACCUGAUCAUCCCAGAGACUCUCCUGCAAUCGAGGCGCUCACGAAGGGAAUUGCUCAACUGCAGGAACUCCAGGCCCAAGCCCUUCAGAAGUCGUCUGGAAAUGGAGCGGAGGUGAUCAAGCCAGGCACGUCAACCCUGAGUCCACUGCCAACAGUCAAGAGUGGUGCUGAAGUGGCGCUACAGUUUCAGGAUUGGGUGGAGGUCACGGCUGCGGUGAUGUACGACAUCAGCGAGCAGAGUGGAACGUGGUGGAGGGCAGUGCUGGGAGUUGUGGACAGGGCUUACAAGGCAUGGUUGUCUUCUACACCCUUGGAGAGAUUGACGGUUCAGCCUCGUGGAGGGGAAGAACUAGCGACCGGAAAAUGGACCAGAUUGAAUGCAAGGGUGACGGCAAUGCUCCUGGCAGCCAUGUCUGAGGAGCAGAAGAUGGACAUGAUUGCCAAUCGAAUAUCCACCAGCUCAGUGGAUAUGCUCUUCCGGCUCUACACUACCUACCAACCUGGGGGGAGCCUGGAAAGACAGGAUGUCCUCAAGCGCCUCCAGAGUCCCAUGGACUACGUGGACAAGGACACCAUACAGGAAGUUCUUCGUGUGGUUCGGAGCUGGCCAAGGUGGAUGGCAAGAUGUGAGACACUAGGGAUGGCAGCCCCGGACCCUUCUGUUUUAGCUCGUGGUCUGAAGCUUCUCACUGCCAAGUACAUCGACUCCAACCCGGACUCGGCCUUCAGGACGGCUAUGCUUCGUACGACUCUUCGUCUUGAUGGGCAACCCGGUGAAGAGCAGGUGAGGGCGUACCAGAAGCAUUUGCAAGCAGAGUUGGAGAAUGUGGCGGCGAGCUGUCCUUCAGGAUCAACAACAGCUGAGGGGCUACAUCCUAGACUACAAGCACUGGACCGAGGUGAGCCAAGGACUGCACCCACCAGCAAGUCACCUGAGAAGGACAAGGAGAAGGGUGGCAAAACAGACAUGUGUCGCUACUUCAUGAAGCCUUCUGGGUGUCGGAGAGGAUCCCGCUGCAACUUCAGUCACAACAUGGCUCACCUUGAUCGUGAAGUACGAAAAAAGAAGUGUUUGAGCUGUGGAUCUGAGUCCCACAGACAGAAGGACUGUGGAGUUGGGAAGAGUGGACCACGGCCUCCUCAUGGACCGACCGGCUCUGAGGCAAGUGGUGGAGGGGCGAAGAGUUUGUCCACUACUCCUGGGGUGGCGUCGUUGUCCACAACCUCCACGACUGGGGCGACUGAUGGGUCGGUGGUACAGGGAACCCCAUGGACCCUUGAAACCUUGGUUCAAGCUGCGCAACAAGUAAUGCAGGCCCAGGCUCCGGGAGAUCGAGGGGAAUCACCUGAGAAGACGGGUCCGGCGGUGCGAACUCUGGUGGUUAGGGGGAUACAGGUCUGUGCCAUGAAGUCUUCCUCAACAGCUUUGUUGGAUAGUGGAGCCACCCAUUGCCUGAGAUCAGCUCGUUCAUACAAGGAAUGGAGUGAGGCUGAGAAGGUCAUGGUCCAAUUGGCGGGCAACCACAAUUUGGUGAUGAGAAUGAGCGACAAUGGCUCGUUGCUUAUGCCUCCGAGGAAGGGAAUGUCAGAGACGGGCACAGGUGGAGAUGGAGGACAGACAAUCGUGCCCAUGGGUGAGCUCGUUGGAACACUUGGAUACACCCUACGAUGGUCCCCUACCGAGUGCUACCUGUACGACAAGAGCGACAACCGCAUUCCGCUGAGCGUCUCUGGUGGAUGUCCUCAGCUAUGUGAAGCAGAAGCACUUUCGCUCAUCGCAAAGAUCGAGGAUAAAAGAAGGGAGGUGCUCGAGAAUGAGAUUGCCGAGACCCAGGACCUCGUAGCGAUGGCAGCGCUCCAGUUGGAUAAAGGGUGGAAGGACUACAUUAGGGAGUAUGUCGCCACUGGGUCCUUGGAUGCGGGUUUGAGAAGCCUCAGGGAUGCCCCGUUCUUGAAGAAUGUGUCGGAGGAGUGCCUUCGUGAUCUGGUCCAGGACGAGGUCAAGGAUGCCGGAUGGGAGGUCUUCAAGGGAGUUGACUUCCUCACUCGUCCUCAGAAGAGAUAUCUGUGGGGAUCAAAGAAGUGGGUGAUCCAUCUGUUUGCAGGUGAUCCGGGACACUAUAAGAUGUUCCAGCUGGAUCAAGGCAACACGGCAGUGUUGGAGUUGGACAUCGCUCGCUGCCAGGGACACAGUAUCCUGAGGAGUCCAACUUGGCGAUUGCUGAUGUGGGGGGCAUUGAAUGGUCGAAUCGGUGCGGUUCUCGGAGGACCACCUGGGCGAUCUGCAAGGUUUGAUGAUGAUGGUGAUGAUCAAGCCCAGAAGGCUCUGAAGGUGAUCACUCGGAUGAUGUGGCUGUAUGUCAUAGCCAAGGAAGCAAGGGCGGCAGUCCCGAUGGCCAGAAACAAGGAGCGUCCGGUCGCCUUUGCCCUCGAGCAUCCAGCAUCACGGGGUAGCGGUUCGUUGUGGUCCACUGACCUGUGGGAGGAAUUCCAGGAGGAGAUGGACAUGAUCCAGGAGGAGAUCCCCAACGUCAAGGUCGAUCCAGAAUGGUCACCGGGACUAGUGGAUAGCAUGGUCAUGGCAAUGAGGCUUUGGGACCAGCAGCCUUUGUGUUGCCCGGCAAGGGUGGCAAUUUCUCCUGGUGAAUGGCAGCGGCACGUUUGUUCUGGGCACGCAGACUAUCGGAGGGACUGCCUUACGUGUGUGAUGGCUAGAGGGACUGGACGUCGUCAUGCCCGAGCCAGACAUCCGAGCACGUUCGUCCUGACGAUCGAUUUGGCGGGCCCAGUGAAGCCAGGCUUGGAUGUUACCUCAAAGGGAACCAUGGGGAAGAACCUGCGAUACAUGCUGGUGGCCAAGUAUGUUCUUCCCAAGGAAUAUGUGAAGGGCUAUACGGGGCGUCAACCUCCAGGUGAUGAUGGUCGAGAGGAUGAACCACCACAAGGCCUAGAGGGGGAAGAGUCGCAUAUGCCAGUGCUAGCUGAGGAGGAGGAUCCCUUCGAGGUUGGUGAGAGCAUGGACUAUGAAUCGGACGUGGACGAAGCACAGUCCCAGGAGGAGGAUGCUUGUGAGGUGGAGCGGGGCGACAGUAGGUUUGCUGGAGGAACAACCAAGCAGCGGGAAGAGUUCCGGGACUACGAGGAUGUGAUGUACGAGCCUUCUGAGAUUGGUCCUGACGAUGAAGGUGGUGGAGAGGAUCAGGAGGAGCAAGUGCAUCUAGCCGAGGAGGACCAGGUCAAGGACAGCGAGCACAGAGCCUUCCCGGAUUGCGAGUGCCCGGAUGAGAAGGGCAAGGAGAAGUUCAUCCACACCUUUCAUGUGCGACCUCGACUAAUUGAUCCCGGGCUACCCCAUGAAGAGCUACAGGUGGAGGAGGCCCCAGCUCCGAAGAGAAGAGUGGUGGGCAAGACGCCAUUGGAAAGCAUAGAGAUGCGAAGGAUGGAGUUGUCCGAGGAGGAGUUGGGAUCCUAUGUUCGAGAUCGGUGCAAGGUCCUCUUGGAGAACUGGGACCGGGGAGUUGCACUUCAAGUAGUGGAUGAGGUGGCAGAAACGGGAUUCUUCGACGACAAGAAGUUCGGAGUCUACCGACAUGGGGGUACCGUGGGUUGGCUUCGUGGUCUACAUGAACACCCAGAGCUAACUCGGGUACUGACUCGGAUUGUCACCGAGAUAAACCCCGAGGCAAACUACAUGGCUAUUUGGGUGGCAAGGAAUGCUGAGCGAGGAAUGCACAAGGAUUCGAAUAACGAUGAGAAGGCCUUCAACACAGUGAUACCUGUGCGAACCCCAGCUAAGGGAGGAGAUCUAUGGGUGGAGCUGUCACCAGGCGACAUCGUUACGGGGGAGGUUAUGGAGAGAGAAGAUGACCAAGGGCGACGGCGAUAUGGGCAAGUUCACAGGAUCCGGGCUGGAAGUUGUAUGACAUUUCUACCCCGGAAACUACAUGAAGUACUACCAUGGUCUGGAACAAGAACGGUUCUUAUCGCCUACACUCCAAACUGCUUCGGUAGUCUCUCAAGGGAGAUGAUCCAGAGCCUCGAGGACUAUGGCUUCUUACCACCACCAUCACAACUACCAGAGUACUUCCUGAAAAAGGGUGAGGCUGCAAUGAACUACAUGGAGGUUGACUCUCAGGAACCUGGCGAAGUUGUGCAAAAGGAGGAGGAGGUCAAAGACGAGGAGGAUGAGUCCUGGGAAAUGUUCCUGGAGGCGGAGAAUGGCAUGAUCAAGAUAGGAGGAUCAGUAUCUCAGCAGCGCUGUGAGGCCCCGUCGAUGAAGAAGAUGGAGCCGGCAUUCACCAAGGACGUGGAAGAUCUGCUCAAUGAUUUGGUCGGUCCUCUCGAGGUGACGCACAAUGUGGACCCAAGGGAGGUGGAAGCCAAUUGGGAGAAAUGGAUUCCUGCCAUUAUGAAGGAGCUCACCAGUGUUAGUGUGGCGAUUCAAAAGCUGCCUUUGGGAUCUCCUGAGCGAUCAGAGUGGAUACAGCGUCCUGGAGCCCAGCGUUUGCCAACCAAGAUGGUCUACACCAUUAAGCCUGGUGAUAACCCGGACAUUGAGGAUCCGAGCACCUGGUACAAACGUAAGGCGAGACUGGUGGUCUGCGGAAAUUUUGCAGACCGGGACCAGACCGACUUGUACUCG